AUGGCUCGCCUGCCGUCCCCUGCGGCUGUCAGGGACGAUGUGGAGUUGAAGAAAAAGAAGAAGAAGAAACACUCCAAAAAGCGCAAGGCUGAGGAGGUCACCGAAGAGGUCGAGGCCGGACCUGCUGAUGGUCACGAGGAGAAGGAGGAGGAGCUUGUGGAUGUCCACUCUAUGGAGCCUGCUAAAAAGAAGAAGAAGAAGAAGCAUUCUAAAAAGAUAGAGGUAGUUGCAGAAGAGGAGGAGGAGGAAGCGGAGGCUGUUGAUGAGGGUGAAGUUGUUAAGAAGAGGAGGAAGAAGAAGCAUUCUAAGAAGAGUCAUCGUCAGCAGCGGCAAGAGGAGGAUACUAUGGAAGGUGCUGGAGUCACUGUAGAGGAGCCCGAGAAGAAGAAAAAGAAGCACUCUAAGAAGCACGAGACUGUUGAGGUCGCUGAGGAGGAGGAGGAGGAGGAGGCCCCCGAGAGCAAGAAGAAGCACUCGAAGAAGCAUCGCAAGAGCGUUGAGGAGCCUGUGAAGGUAGUCGAAGAAAAGGAGGAGGACGACGAGGCUUUGAAGAGAAAGAAUAAGAAACACUCGAAAAAACAUCGCAACGAUACAGAGGUAGCGGAAGAGGAGGAGGAGGAGGCUCCCAAAAAGAAGAAGAAACACUCUAAGAGGAAGGGGAAGGAGGUGGAGGAAGCUGUAGUGCUCAAGAAGAAGCGCUGUAAGAAAACGAAGGAGGAGGAGGCUGAGGAGAUCCCUGUAGAGGAGGAGGAGAAGGCUCCUGAGGAGCAGCAGCAGCAGGCCCUGUCUACCACCGACCGAGAGAGCUCGGAAGGGUGGGGCUGGGGGGAGGAGGUCUCCUCAUCGGAGUAUGGGCAAGGUGGUGGUACUAGUAGCACUGAGGAGUCGGGCAGUACUUCUAAGAAGCAUGGUGACCAUUGGAGGAGGAUAGAUGAGUCUAAGUAUAUCGCGGAUCUCACUAUCUCUAGAAAGGACAACACACAUGAGGCGAAGAAGAGGUUCGGUCAUGGCGCUGGUGACACCUGGGGUGACAAGGCAGCUGCUGACCUCAUCAAGGUCCGUGGGAAAGAUUUCCGCAAGGAGAUGGCUAAGAAGAAGCGGGCAUCCUGGCGUGGUGGUGGAGCCCUGGAGACAGGGUUUAUGUUUGGUGCGGCGACUGGCUCGACUAGUCUAUUCGGAGGCGGAGGGGCUCAGAGCUCAUCAGCAGGAGGAGGAGGCCUCUUCGGUACCACAGCUCAGUCCUCGGGUGGGGGUGGCCUCUUUGGUAGCACACCAAGUAGUGGCAGCUCUCUCUUUGGUGGAGGGGCCACCUCGACCAGUGGAGGAGGAGGGCUCUUUGGUGGUGGAGGAGGAGGGAAUACUGGUGGUGGACUCUUUGGCAGCACAUCUAGCAGUAGUGGAGGGCUCUUUGGUGCUGCAUCAACUGGAGGGGGUGGGGGCCUCUUUGGGGGUAGUGGCCAAUCGACUGGUGGGGGCCUCCUUGGUGGUGGUGGUGGAGGGGCUGCUGCUGCUGGGAGUGGCUUGGCCGCCGCAGGAGGUCUACAGUCCUCUCAGGAGGCCCAGGCGGCUAUUGUAGAAUUCGGCAGUAGGAUGAAUCAAAUCACCACGGCUAUGCAGCCACGUAUGAUAGCCUUUACGUAUGUUAUGACCGAUAAUAAGAAUCAGGCUAUGCAAGUCUUCGCCCAGCCGUACCAGUCGGCAGUGCAUGGACCUGACCAGAUGAAGUGGCAGAUGGCUAAGGACCUCUGCCCUGCUAUGCUGGAUCGCCCAGACUCGGCAGCCCAGGGGGUGUGGGCCUACCCCCUACCCUUGACCUCAGUAGACCAGAUGGUCUCGAGAGUCGCGGACCAGCAGAAGCUCGUGGCCCAGGCUGAGGGGAUGAUGGAAAACGUUAAAGUCCAAUACUCGAAUCUUGAGGGGUAUGUGUCGGUAACUACGUUGAAGGAGUUGGAGAAGGCCCGACUGCGGCAUCAACAGCUGAUAAGCAAGCUCACUAGUGUCACGGCCCUCAUCGACACUCUGGCUCAAUCUCGGCAGCCACAGCAGCUGGUUGGAGGGGCCUAUGCACAGGCGGAAGCGGCGUACUCUGAGUUGGAGCGGAGAGCUGCUGUUGUUCAAGGACGCUUUGCAGAGGCACGAUAUAAGGCGAGUAUGGCGGAGCAGAGGACAGGGGUCCCGCCGGGAAGGGCCGCCUCGACGACGGAGCUCUCCUGUGCUGAUCAGCAGAAGUUGUUGAAGAUAGUCAAGGACCAGACCAUCUGUAUUCAACAGCUUCAAUCGGAGAUGCGCAGGACCGUAUCAGACGUGGAUAACGUGCAUAGUAGGGCGGUGAAGGCCCACCAACAACAAUAUAGGGCCCACGGCGACCCUCUACGGGCAUUGGGCCAUAUGUAG